ACCAAGACUCCUUUUUUUUCUUAUCGGUCACUAUAUAUAAAAACCUAAUCAUUUCUCUGCCAUUUCAAGAUUAAAUUCGUUGCAGAGACGACGGAGAUGGCAGAGUAUUUGGUAACCGGAGGAACUGGAUUCAUCGCUUCUUACAUCGUUAAAUCACUCCUCGAACUCGGACACACCGUUCGAACCACUGUCCGAGACCCUCGGGAUGAAGAAAAAGUGGGUUUUCUAUGGGAAUUGAAAGGAGCGAAACAGAGGCUGAAGAUUUUCAAAGCUGAUCUAACGGUGGAAGGAAGCUUCGACGAAGCGGUGAACGGCGUCGAUGGAGUAUUCCACACGGCUUCUCCUGUUCUUGUUCCACAGGAUCACAACAUUCAAGAGACCUUGGUUGAUCCAAUCAUAAAAGGAACAACCAAUGUGAUGAACUCUUGUGCCAAAUCCAAAACCACUUUGAAAAGGAUCGUUCUUACAUCUUCUUGCUCUUCGAUACGGUACCGUUUCGAUGCCACGAAAGCCUCUCCGCUCAAUGAGUCUCAUUGGAGCGACCCUGCGUAUUGCAAACGGUUCAAUCUUUGGUAUGGAUAUGCAAAGACUCUAGGCGAGAGAGACGCUUGGAGGAUAGCUGAAGAGAAAGGGUUAAACUUGGUGGUUGUGAAUCCUUCCUUUGUGGUUGGUCCAUUGCUUGGACCAAAACCCACAAGUACUCUACUUAUGAUCUUGGCCAUUGUCAAAGGCCUUGCUGGAGAGUAUCCUAAUUUCACUGUCGGGUUUGUGCACAUAGACGAUGUUGUUGCUGCUCAUGUGUUAGCCAUGGAAGAGCCUAAAGCAUCAGGGAGAAUCGUAUGUUCGAGUUCGGUUGCUCACUGGUCUGAGAUCAUUGAGUUGCUAAGAAACAAGUAUCCCAAUUACCCAUUUGAGAACAAGUGCAGUAACAAAGAAGGAGACAAUAGUCCACAUAGUAUGGAUACAAGGAAGAUACAUGAGCUUGGAUUUGGAUCCUUUAAGUCAUUGCCUGAGAUGUUCGAUGAUUGUAUCCGCAGUUUUCAGCUGAAGGGUCUGCUCUGAAGAUUCAUCUCUCUCUCUAACUUUACUGUUAAUGGUUAUGGAUUAAACGCUAGGAAGUUGUUGUGACUAAUUGAAAGAACCUCUUUAGUUACUGAUUCCAGUAAUCAAUAAGCUGGUUUUGAUCAAUCACUUGUUCUAAUCUCUGUAGUUUUUUAAGUAUGAGCAAAUGAUCCCAAGUUGUGUG